AUGUUCCUGUUCGCUAUGGGUCAAAUAGUUCCCCUGGGCGUUAUUACCUUCAGCUACGUCAAUAUCAUCAGAACAUUGAAAAAGAACUCCCAAAGAUUGGGUCGUGUGAGUCGAGCAGAAACCAGAGCGACCGCCAUGGUAUUCAUAAUGAUCAUAGCAUUUACUGUAGCUUGGACACCAUACUCUUUGUUUGCUCUAAUGGAGCAAUUUGCAACUGAAGGCAUAUUCUCCCCAGGAGCAGGUGUUAUUCCAGCACUGGUCGCAAAAAGUUCAAUUUGCUACGAUCCACUUAUCUACGUCGGUAUGAAUUCUCAAUUCCGUCAGUCCAUUAAACGUGUCUUCGGUAUGCAUAAUAAAGGAAAACAGUCACAAACCGAGAGAGCAUACAAUAAUACAGUCUUGUCUCCAGCACAUAAGGCGUCAAUUAACAAUGAAACAACACGCUAUAUAUCCGAAAGCACUGUAUCAAUAAUUCCGAAAAAGGUAAAAGAUACAAAGAGAAUUGUCUUUAGUGAAAGCAUCUCUGAAGUGGUCAACAACGAUACCAACCGUCCUUAUACAAGAGAUUUGGAACUUUGCACUAUUAAUGAGAACCGAACCAUAUCGGACGCCGACAAAUCCGGCGAGACUUCUUACGACGAAGACAGCGGAAAUAGUCGCAAAAAACUUGACUUGUUCGGUGAAUCAUGUAAAAUAUUCAAUAAACGUUCACCUGUACUGACAAUAAUUGAUACUGAACGUCUUAUAUACAGUAAGCCACUCAAACAUAAGCUAAGUGAUAUCGAAGAUAGUAAUAAUGCAUACGGAAACGCUGCCUACGAAGAACAUUCCACUGACACAGCAAAAGCAGACGGUUUCAGAACUGAAGACGAUUUUGAAAUAGUAAAAAGACAUAAAAGAAUUAAGCACAGCUACUCAUUAGAUCUGAGUGUACACAAUGAAAAUAAAAAUAGGAAACUUUCAAUAGAAUCAAAAUUCGAUACUCUUGUUGAACCUAAAGGAUUCUUCAAAGACUCUUAUAUUAGUAAAUUUUUUGAUCCCGAAACGAGUCAAGAUGGUGUUAAAAGUUAUAUAUGCAACGUAAAAGGGAAAGGUAAAUUUGACAACAAUUUGUAA